AUGCUGACUCAACACACGUUUUCUGGUGGCCCAGCCUCAUCCCAGCCAGCCCAGUGGUGGCCUAGCCUCAUCCCAGCCUCAUCCCAGCCAGCCCAGUGGUGGCCCAGCCUCAUCCCAGCCUCAUCCCAGCCAGCCCAGUGGUGGCCCAGCCUCAUCCUAGCCUCAUCCCAGCCAGCCCAGUGGUGGCCCAGCCUCAUCCCAGCCUCAUCCCAGCCAGCCCAGUGGUGGCCCAGCCUCAUCCCAGCCUCAUCCCAGCCAGCCCAGUGGUGGCCCAGCCUCAUCCCAGCCAGCCCAGUGGUGGCCCAGCCUCAUCCCAGCCUCAUCCCAGCCAGCCCAGUGGUGGCCCAGCCUCAUUCCAGCCUCAUCCCAGCCAGCCCAGUGGUGGCCCAGCCUCAUCCCAGCCUCAUCCCAGCCAGCCCAGUGGUGGCCCAGCCUCAUCCCAGCCUCAUCCCAGCCAGCGCAGUGGUGUCCCAGCCUCAUCCCAGCCAGCCCAGUGGUGGCCCAGCCUCAUCCCAGCCUCAUCCCAGCCAGCCCAGUGGUGGCCCAGCCUCAUCCCAGCCUCAUCCCAGCCAGCCCAGUGGUGGCCCAGCCUCAUCCCAGCCAGCCCAGUGGUGGCCCAGCCUCAUUCCAGCCUCAUCCCAGCCAGCCCAGUGGUGGCCCAGCCUCAUCCCAGCCUCAUCCCAGCCAGCCCAGUGGUGGCCCAGCCUCAUCCCAGCCAGCCCAGUGGUGGCCCAGCCUCAUCCCAGCCAGCCCAGUGGUGGCCCAGCCUCAUCCCAGCCUCAUCCCAGCCAGCCCAGUGGUGGCCCAGCCUCAUCCCAGCCUCAUCCCAGCCAGCCCAGUGGUGUCCUAGCCUCAUCCCAGCCAGCCCAGUGGUGUCCCUGA